UCCCCCCUUUCAUCCACAAUCACUCUAACAGUCAAAUCAGUUUCAGCUCCAAGUAGAGAAAUGGAAUCCAGAAUCAUCGGUUGUGCUAAUUCCGAUUAUUCCGCCAAGAACCACCUGCCAUUCCACUGUCCCAAAUCCAUGGCGGCUGCAACUGCCACCCCGCCGGUCGACGUGAUGGAAUACCCCAACUCCUACGUGUUCGCCGUCGACGUCCCGGGGCUGAAGUCCGGCGACGUCAAGGUUGAGAUUGAGGACGCCAAUAUUCUGACGAUCUCCGGCGAGAGGAAGCGCAGCGAAGAAGAAAUGAAGAAUGAAGAAUGCCCCAAGCCCAAGUACUUGAAACUGGAGAGGAAGGCCGGCAAGUUUACGAGGAAGUUUGUCUUGCCGGAAAAUGCGAAGGGAGAUUCGAUUUCUGCCGUUUGCCGGAACGGCGUUCUGACGGUUACGGUGGAGAAGCUGCCGCCGGCGAAGCCCAAGACUGUUCAAGUCCAAAUUGCUUAAGAUUUAAGAUCUCCAUUGUUUUGUGUUGUAUGUUUGCUUCUUGUAUUGUGCUUUGUGAGUUAUUUUAUUAUUGUAUUUUUGCUGGAUUGAGUAAUAUUUGCAUUUUUUAAUUAAAUAAAGACCAAAAAUGUUAUUUCUUUA